CGAGCAGCGAGCGCGGCGGGAGCGGGCCUGGAGAUGAGCCGUGGCGCCACGGGCUGGUGCUGUCUCGUGCUCUGGCUGCCCGCGUGCGUCGCGGUCCACGGCUUACGUAUCCAUGACUACUUGUACUUCCAAGUGCUGAGUCCUGGGGACAUUCGCUACAUCUUUACAGCCACACCUGCCAAGGACUUCGGCGGUAUAUUUCACACACGGUAUGAACAGAUUCACCUCGUUCCUGCCGAACCUCCAGAGGCCUGCGGGGAACUCAGCAACGGCUUCUUCAUCCAGGACCAGAUCGCUCUGGUGGAAAGGGGGGGCUGCUCCUUCCUCUCCAAGACCAGGGUGGUACAGGAGCAUGGCGGGCGGGCUGUGAUCAUCUCGGACAAUGCAGUUGACAAUGACAGUUUCUACGUGGAGAUGAUCCAGGACAGUACUCAACGCACAGCUGACAUCCCUGCCCUCUUCCUGCUUGGCCGAGAUGGCUACAUGAUCCGGCGCUCUCUGGAACAGCAUGGGCUGCCAUGGGCUGUCAUCUCUAUCCCGGUCAAUGUCACCAGUGUCCCCACCUUUGAGCUCCUGCAGCCUCCCUGGACUCUCUGGUAGAACAGCUACAGGCGACUCACCAGGAAGAGGACACCUAUGAGCCUGCCGUUUGGAGUUUGGAGAGAGACUCUGAGGACAAGUGGAGCCAGGGAGGGGACAGAGAAGCCACUCCACUGGCUUUCCCUUCCCUAGGGCCGGGAAGGACCUCUCAUGCUCCAGUAAGAGGCAAGAACCAGACCCAAGGCUCUGGCUCCAGUCGGAGCAAAUGGUGCGGAGGAGGCAGCCUGGUGGUCUGCAGUUUCCCGCAGUCUCAGCCUCCCACAGCCAGGACCUCCUCACAGUGACCCUGUAGCUGUUGCUGGAGUGCUUUAAAGAACUGGU